AUGUCAAGUAAAAGAAGAAAGCUAGAUGCUCCUAUAAAACCUCAGCUGAGUGCCGUGAGCGCUUUCGCGGCUAGAAAGGCGCAAACUGCUGUCCAUGAAACUAGCAAAUCACAAAAAGAGGCCCCUUCUUCACGAAAUGUUAGCCAAAAACUUUCCCAGCAAGUGACGAAAGGUAUUCCCUCCAGAAACCUCAAUCGGGGAAAAUCGAGUCCAGUCGGAAAUGACUUGCCUUCCAUAAGUCCAGACUUCAUUGCUGAGGAAAGUGAACCGGAAGAAGACCUAGACAAUCAUGUCUCGAGUUCUGAUUCACGUGAGCAGUCGCCUGAAGUGAUAUUCGACAGGCCGUCGAUUGCAUUGUCUACUUUUAGGCCUAGUGAGGACAACACCAAAGUGCUUAAAGGCAGAAUACUGGUGUUGAAACUUGCGCCCGGUGAGAGAUUGGUCAUCCUUGGGCAAUGUAAUCUCGAGGUCACUGAAGGACAAAUCACGAUCCUAGGAUCUUUUAUAAAAGCUUCGAAGUUGAAAUAUCAAAUAUAUGCAGCGGCUUCACAAUCGUUGCCAGUAAUUAGAUGUCCAGAUGACGAAAUUAACCCUACAGUAAUCCGUCUUUAUCAGUCUGAUUGUGGGAUCAGAUCCUUAGAGUCUCUUUCUCCGCUCUUUGGGAAGUUAUGGAAUGAGGAUACACAAGUUUUUGGAUCAAGGCAUAGCUAUUCUUGUGCAAAACUUGGGAAGAGCACAUUUCAGAUUCUAUUGUCAUCCAAGGAUGGUCCAAGCAAAUCCUACUUGCAACCGAUAAUUUCUCCACCAGAAUGGAACAAAAUGUUAUCAAAAUUGUCCAACUCUACCCAGGCCAAAAAACGAUUCAUGCUUUGCGGUCCCAAGUCAUCGGGAAAAUCGACUUUUGUGAAAUUACUGGUAAAUAGACUUCUGUCUGCAAGUCAGAACGAGGCUCAAAGUUCGUCCUCGAACUCGAGCAAGGGUGCCGGUGUUGUACUACUUGAUCUAGAUCCAGGGCAACCUGAAUAUUCUCAUCCUGGUCAAGUAUCCCUCAUCCACAUUCGGGAACCAAAUUUUGGCCCCUCGAUUACCCAUCCUAUACCUGGAAUCAAGAGCCGUCUGAUUCGUGCACAUGCUCUAGGCGCGGUGUCACCAUCUAUGGAUCCAAGUCUCUACAUGACAUGCGCACUCAACCUAUUUGAGCACUACCGCAGUUUAUCUCUCCGUUCCAGCUGUCCUUUGAUCAUUAAUACUCCUGGCUGGGUAUUAGGGACUGGGCUCGAGAUUCUCGUAGAUUUGAUAACCAAAGUGCACCCUUCUGAAGUCAUAUACAUGUCUAAAGAAGGUCCCGCUGAAGUCGUCGAACGUCUACAAGAUGCCGCCAAGAAGACAUCUCUCAUUACUCUUCCUUCCCAGUCUAGUGAAUAUGCAACACGAACUUCAGCUCACCUUCGAACAAUGCAGUCAAUGUCAUAUUUUCAUUUGGAUUCCACGAACAAGAAUGAACUUGCGUGGAACGAAACGCCAUCAACAUCUAUUCCCCCUUGGGAGAUCAAGUAUUCUGGCGAAAAGUCGGGUGUGCUAGGCAUUAUGUGUUAUGGUGAACAACCGCCGCCAGAUCUUCUUGCUGAAACCAUCAAUGGCUCUAUAGUAUCAGUUGUUGUUAUCGAAGACGCUGCUGCAAUACCGGGUUAUUCUUCCUCUCCGCAAGAACAUAACAAGACCUCCGACCUCGACACUCUCCGCGCCUCCAAAGCCCCUUUGACCCUCGACCCCAUAAAGACCCCUCUAAUCAUUCCUACACCCCAUGAAAACCUUCCGUACUUCAACCCCCUCAACGCUAUAACUCUGGAUCCUCAAUAUUCCCACACCAUAGGAUCGGCUCUCGUCCGAGGAAUCGAUGUAAACCGCCAGCGCUUACAAGUACUCACCCCAAUUUCUCCAGAAGUUCUUGAACAAAUCAAUCAGGAGGGCAAGAAAAUAGUUUUAGUAAGCGGGAAGUUAGAUACUCCAGGAUGGGCGUACACAGAAGAACUAAUGAAGAGAACAUGGUUGGAGAAAGAAAAGAGGAGGAAAGAGUUAGAUGGAGAAGAUGAGGAUGAAGAUGAAGAUGAGGAUAGCAAUGCGGAGGAAGAUGGAACCGAGACGCUAAAUUGGGGGUCUAAUGAUGCAAAUAUGGCAUUUCGUAACGCUCCUUGGGUCGAGAGACUUACGGGCUCGCAAGGGAGAGGUAUAGGUGCUAGAGUGUGGAGAGUUAGGAGGGACUUGGGGAAGAUGGGGGAUGGGAACUAA